CACUUGACAGUCUGCCGUCAGAGGAGACAGACGCACCUUCUCUCCACAACAUUUGCUCUCCCGUGAUUCCUUCAGACGUUGUCAACUCCUCAGCGUUAACACGCCAACUCUGAGUCGACGGUAACCUGAGCGGUCUUCAGGACCUUUGAAUCACACGCAAAACAACAGAUCUGACCUGACUUUCCUGCUGGCGAAGAUUUUGUUGGCGAAACAAGCCUUCUUUCGGCCGAAAACAGAUAAAAUUAUCAAAACACAAGUUUCCACAAAUAUAUAACUUCGGACUAUCAAUACCUCUGAACUAUUAUAGUUUUACACGCCAAGGACGUGCAAUCGUGAUUUGGUGAUAAGACUCCAAGAAAAAAAACGAAGAGAAACAACAAGCCGAGAAGACAUUAAUUAGUGCUGCCAAAUUUUAUGGUGUGUGAGGCAGCUGGACAGUGUAGCGCUGAGCCCGCCGUGCGACGUCCAAGUACUGCGUUAGGACGUAACCUCAUGAUUAUUUGAAGGGAUCGAGAGACGCGGCGUCGGUGCGAGAGAAAAGGAGCCCAAGGGACGAGUGACGGAAGCCGCUGGGUCGUGACUAGGUGGUGUUCGCCAGAAUGAUGACAGCCGGGUAUCCUGAGCAAGGAGGGGGUGGUGGGGGCCCGCCCUCGACUGGAGCCGCUGCCGUGGGUGGUGCUACAGCCCCCACGCCGCAACCUGUUGUUCCCCCCGCCCACGCCGCCGCCCACAACGCCCACGAACAGUGCCUCUCUGGCCAGCCUCUGCCGCCCGACCACCAUGGCUACCACGACCAGGCGCAGUUCGAGGCUGACAAGCGAGCCGUCUAUAAGCACCCCCUCUUCCCUCUGCUGGCACUGCUCUUCGAGAAGUGCGAGCUGGCCACGCAGAGCGCCGACUCCGUGAGCAGCGAUUCCUUCAACUUGGACAUCCAGGCCUUCGUGCAGCACCAAGAGCGGGACCGCAAGCCUUUCCUCAUGAACGACCCCGAAGUAGACGGCCUGAUGAUCAAGGCGAUCCAGGUGUUACGCAUCCACCUGCUGGAGCUGGAGAAGGUGCAGGAGCUGUGCAAGGACUUCUGCAACCGGUACAUCACCUGUCUGAAGGGCAAGAUGCAGAGCGAGAACCUCUUGAGGACUGAGUACGGCUACGACUCCCCGGGCUCUCCUGACGGAGGGAGUCCCUACAACGGCCACCACCAGCACCACCUGCCACACCAUCACCCACAGGUAGUUAGCGCCUCAAGACAGGUAUUAGCGGGAGAGUAUCCGGGCGGGCAGCAGCAGCAACAAGCUGCCUCGUGUCUCCAGGUGACACAACACCACAACCACCAUCACCAGCAGCAGCAGCAGGCAGAGUAUCAGCACCACCACCACCACCACCAGCUACACACCCAGCAGGAACAUGACCACCUGCCCACUCAAAGUAGAAGUUCCCCUGAGAUGAUCGCCACCACGAAGUCCACUGCCCUUCCUGGCCCUCCCGCCACCACCACAGCGCCCACCACCACCGCCCAUGUCUCACCCACCGCGCCCACCACUUCCCUCUCCACCACCGCGUCACCACCCCUCAUCCAGGGCAGCACUCCGCUCUCACAGAUCGGCGCCCAUCCCUGCCCUCCACCUCCAGAGACCAGCAUCGUCAACCUGCUGGCCCCCCUGACCCCCCCGUCGUGCGAGGAGGAGGAUGACGGCGGGAUACGGCGGCAGAAGCGCGGUGUCCUGCCGAAGCACGCCACGGCCAUCAUGAAGGCGUGGCUGUUCCAACACAUCGUCCACCCGUACCCGAGCGAGGACGAGAAGCGGCACAUCGCGGCGCAGACCAACCUGACGCUCCUGCAGGUCAACAACUGGUUCAUAAACGCUCGGCGCCGCAUCCUGCAGCCCAUGAUUGACGCCUCAACUCCUCCCGACCAGAAGACCAAGAAGUCCAAGGCCUACAACCCCAAGGCCUCUGCCACAAGGUUCUGGCCUGAUAGUCUCAUAAGUCUGCAUGGUAAACUACAGAACAACAAUAACAACAACCAUACGGCUUCUUCACUCGCUCGCAAGACUAACUUGUCUAACACGGAGGUGACAGCCAGUCCCCUGUCCGCGAUGGGCGAAGAGGAAGCAGAAGAAAUCGAGGAUGAGGAAGAAGAGGAGAGAAGGAGAGAACAGGAAGAAGGGGGAGAGGGAGAAUACGAGGAUAAUAAAGACUGUAUCAUUAAACACCCCGAAAACACAGAGCAUCACGAUAUUGACGUUGGCACCUUGUAGUCUACCUUCUUCAGAACCGAAAUUUAAAGCUCUUCACAUUCGGCCGCUAUAUUCGAUAUAUUCGUUUAAAGAAGUCGUGUCAGGUUUUAAAUGUACCAAAUUUCCAGAUGAUUACCCUCAAAUUACCCUUAAUUACUAAGAAUUGCUGACAGCCUAAUUUCUUUCUGAAUCCCCGUCGUUUAGUGUAUAUGAUGAUGACGUGAACAUGUGAUAAAACGCUGAUGAUACAAGACACAGCUAGGACUGUUCAAUGUGCAUUAGUACUGUAUACGGUAGUUGUUUAAAACAUUCAGGAAGUUUUUGCAGGAUGGCCAUUUUUUAGGGUUGUUUAAAUCUUAACAGAUGAUCUAUGCCAAAGAAUCUUUGUACAAGAAUUAUACAUCUAUUGAACUCUUCCAGUCGGUUUUGCUGACAAGUUUUUCUUUCUUUCUUUUUGAUAGUACGAUAUAGAAAAUAAUAUUUCUAUUUUGCGUGAUAAACUCAAGACAAUGCAUGAGACAACAGUUUACAUGUACAAAGACACAUAGAAUAUUCUUAUAAGCAUAAUGAUUGUGAAUCAUAUAGAAUGUAAUGCCAAUUUAUUUCGUGAAUUUUACUUUUCAGAUGCGCAUAUGAUGUUCAAACACUGAUUGGCAUAUUUUUAACAUAUGAUUCUUUUUACCUAAAAAAAUGAAAAAGAUAAAAUUGUUGAUUCGGAAAAUUAUUUUCCAAUAUUUACUAACUUGAGUUUUUCCCAAGAGUGAGAUUUUAUUUUUCGUCAAUUAUGGCCCUAUUAUGUUCACAACAAACACUCACGAUAACGAGAGCUUUAAUUAAGUAUACUAUAUAUACAGACAAUAUACUGGCAUUUCCUCGUAUUUUUAACAGAGCGUGAUGACAAGGUAUUUGAUUAAUUAUAAAGAACUGAUAGGGACAUAAUUUAUCUCAUUCAUAUACGUAACCAUCCACUAAAGUUAACGUGAAGACGAAGUAAAAGUUAAGAUUAUUAUCAGCUGGGGCCAAUUGUAGUCAGUUACUGUUAGAUUAAACGAAACCAUCGCCUGUCGAUUAUUCGUGAGGAUCCUAACUUAGGCCAAUAUGUUUUGAUAAGGUAGCAACGAGACUGCAGUUACAUUUAGUGAUAUUAGAAACCGGUGAUAAAAAUCCUCCUUCUCCACGUCUCCCUUUCAAUCCCUUUUUCUCUUCCGUCCUCUCUCUCUCUCUUUCUUCCUCUCCUCCCAUGAUCUCGGAGUGCCAAAGACGCCCACAUGACCAUGCACAACCUUCUGCCUGUCAAGAUUCCUGUGCCCGACGAACAGCACCCAGUCUGGCCGGGACCCCCUUGAGACCCGCCUCCUCCAGAUCAAGAAUGGUAUUGUUGUAAUAGGAAAAAAAACAACGGUUAUUUUGUGACAGUGAUUUUUAGAACAAGACUGCAAGACCGUGUGUGUGGAACUAGCUAACUGUGAUGAACCUUAAUGUAAACAAAGAAAGGGGAUAUGUGAACAAUCAAGUGAGAGCAGGAUGCUAAGAGUGUCGGAAGAAAAAUCAUGCUAUUAUUAUUACUAUUGAGCACUAGGGAACCAAAGAAUCCUCAUUCAUCUCAUACGAUUCAGAUAAUUAGUCUGAGAUACUUGUAAAGACGAUCUCCUUAUAUACAGGAAGAGAAUUUAUUUUCUGAAAUCAUCACAACCUCAUUUAUCGAUUCAGGUAUCUGUAACGAAGUAUACGAUGCUGUGCAACUAAUCUUAUAUAUUAGGUAUACGAAUACACACUUUAUGUAGGUUAUACGUAAUGUUAGGGCGUAGUGUGUAAUAUGAUUAUUAGUUACAGUAUCCUUCCAUUUCUGAUGCAUCCCUUUAAUGUAUAUUUUCCUUUGUAUUCACAAAUGAAAAUUCUUUGGUUCCAUGUGUUAUUAAUUUAUAAAAAAAAAAAAAAAAAAAAUUGAAUACUGUAUCAAAGCGUAUACCCUUGUGGAAGCGUGGUAGUGAGCCCUAACCCAGUUUUAUAUGGUGGAAAAGACCAGACAUUCCCAUUUUCUGUGGUGACCCUUACUUGAAUCAUUUGUGACCCAGAAAUUAUUAGUGGUGACCUGAUUGUUGAAAACUUGAACCUAGUAGUGACCUUGCCUGCCCUUAUAUAUGUACCUGGAGACCGUGCUUGAUGAACUGGUCAUAUGGUCCUAACCAGCCAUCAUAAACACUAACGAGCUUGUUGCGCGCCCGUGUUUAUAGCAACGUUUUGAAAGGAAAAUGUGUAAAAAAAAAAAAGUCCAAAAAGAUAUUCAUGUUACUUCUUCUAAAAGCAUUUUAUUGGUGACGUAUCUGGCUAUUUGUGUGCUUUUGCGUGUUUGUUUAGAACUAUGUGGCGUACCGAGGGAAGAGUCGACCAGGGAGGGAAACGUAAGGCCGAUUAACCCAAAGCCUUCACUGUCCUUCCAUCAUGACUUUGUCUCUUAGACUACGGCACAUAAGAUAACAUGAAAGGUGCAUACUUUUAAGCACAAUAUGAUAUGCAUAAUUCUGUGAUAAUUUUUCAUGUGAUCUUUUCUCUUUUUCUAUUUAAUUGCAACGAACAAACGAAAGCAAUAAUAUGCAAACGGGACUGCAAAGUCAAAAAAAUCAAACAAUAGCUGCGCCAAGCGUACUUAGUUUAAUAUGGAUUCUUUUGAGAGUUAAUGAGGCAAAUGGAGGGAUAUUUUGCUAACAUAUAUAAAAAAAAAAAUUAAAGGAUAUAUUUGGCUUCAAGAUGACUUACAAAAUGUUGCUAGAUACAUACGACAAAAAAAAAUCAACUUUCAACAUCCAUCAACAUUUCUAUCCCAUUUAUUAACAAAUCCAACCUAACAUUUCUUAUUUUGGUGCAAAUGAAGAAACACGUUCUUAAUAAGCUUUAAAAAAAAAAAAAAACGAUAAAAAUAGUGAUCACACGUACGUCCCUGUCCAAGAAGCAAUUAAUGUGUUCUCUGAUACGGAUUUCUCCUCCACUUACCUCGGACCCAAGUUUCAGCACAACGAUGCCAACAAGGACGCUGGUUGAACUUCCCAUAAGCAAUUGAUCAUUUUCCAAGAUUCGCAAAAAGGACUGUCCUUCUCCUCCUGUUCGAGGGAUGUGCAGUGCCCGCUUCUUUGGGAAUCCCAGAAAUUAGAUUAUUGCUAUAUCCUCUAUUUUCCUGAGGCCAGUUCACUUGUUACAUUCCAUAUUACUUGCAGUUGUCCUUCUUACCCUCUUGAGUAUUAAGUAAAGUAUCCUGGUUAAA